GUGUCAAUCGGAUUUCGAUAAAGAAUUAGAAAAAAAUAUUCAUUUUGGUAAGGAUAGUUCAAAUUUCUAGUAUUGAUUGAACAGGAUGGAUAAAUUUUCAAAGUCAGUGGAUAAAGUUCUUUACUCCGAAAGUCACUGGACUCGAGCGGAGGUCAAAAAGCAGCUAUCGAAUCGGGGCUAUUACAUCGGAAAAACCAUUGGAGAGGGCUCUUACUCCAAAGUGUACUACUCGGAGUUUCGAAAAAGUGGCCAACAGUUUGCCGAGCGCAGAGCUUGCAAGAUUAUCGAUCGCAAGCAGUGCUCAAUGCAACAUUCUCAUUUUCUGCCGGGAGAAAUCAAAACAAUGAUUGCACUGAAUCACCCAAACAUUAUCUCGGUGCAUUCGGUGUUUGAAUUCGGUCCAUUUGUGUGUAUCUUCAUGGAUCAUUGCCACCAUGGGGAUUUACUGCAACGAAUUCAAGAACGAGGCAAAUUGUCAGAAUCGAAGGCUCGAUUGUUUUUCCACCAAUUGGUAUCCGCCGUGAAUUACAUGCACACAAACGGCUUCUGCCAUAGGGACAUAAAGUGCGAGAAUGUGCUGCUCGCAAGUCCAACACAUGUCAAGUUGUCAGAUUUCACAUUUUCGAAAAAAUGCUCCAAUGAGGUCACAAUCGAACAGCUUAGUGCGACAUUUUGCGGUUCGGUGGCAUACGCCGCUCCGGAGAUCCUCAAAGGAAUUCGAUAUGAUCCGAAGCGGGGCGAUAUGUGGUCGUUGGGUUGCGUGUUGUUCAUCAUGCUGACUGAAACGAUGCCUUUCGAUGAAACUAAUAUUCUGGAAACAAUCACGCGACAGGAACGGAAACAGUACUUUUAUCCGGAGGGGGUCAAACUAAACCCAACGAUUCUAGAUUUGAUAGACUGUCUCAUAGAGCCGGAUGUUGUUGCCAGAGCUAGCAUCGGACAGGUCGUCCAACAUCCAUGGAUCAACAAGAGCGACCCACUAAAAGUGGAGAUGUCAGUGUCGGGAACCAUCCAAGGAAAUUAACGGUAUAAUAUGGAUUAAUUGGAACUAAACGCAAUAUGAAAUUCACUUUCCAUCCCUUAUAAUAUAUUCCAAAUAUCAAAAGGAAAGCUCAA